AUGGGCCUACGGGGUGUUCAGUUGGGCCUCAGAGCCUGGGAGUUCCUUUGGACUCUGCUCGUCAUGGCCCUCAUCGGUAACAUGAUCAGCGAAGCGUUCUCUGGCAACCCCAGCUCCAUCAACUAUACCAUGUUCCUUUCGGCAUUUUCAAUGCUAUCGCUCUUUUACCUGAUACCAGCCACGUACAACCCCGACUGGGCUAUUCACCCGAUCAUUGUGAUCGUGGUGGACGCGCUCAACUGCAUCUUUUUCUUCUGCGCCGCGAUCGCGCUGGCAGCUAAGUUGGAAUCCCACUCGUGCAGCAACAAGUCAUAUGUUCUCAACAACGAGAUCACCAACGGCUCCUCCAACCCCACGAAGCGCUGCCGGGAAGCCCAGGCCUCGACAGCUUUCCUCUGGUUUGGCUGGGCUGGUUAUAUGGCCUCCGUUAUCAUCUCGGUCUUCCUGGCCCGCUCUGCCACGGUGAACCUUCGUGGCCGCAGCGGCAGUCGCCGUCGGCCCAACAUGGCACAGGUUUAA